AUGACUGACAGGUUUCUCUUUGGCCCCACCUACACUUGGCUAAACCCAUCCCUUUCUCUCUAUAAAUGCAUGCAGCAUGGCCCAGCAAAUUUACUCCCAGCUCGUGGUGCCUGCAAGUUCCAUGUUAACACCCACUCGGUGUCUACUGCACCAGCCAUGGCUACAACCGAAAGACAAGCAGAGAUUCUGAGCCCCAAAUUUGCCUGGGCUAUUCUAAGUGAAUUUGUAGGAACUGCAAUCUUUCUCUGCAUUGCCUUGGGCGCAUCCUUCAAAUGGCCCAUGGAACAACCUAAUGUUCUCCAAAUUUCUUUGGCUUUCGGACUAACCGUUGCAACCAUGGUUCAUAUCUUUGGUCCUAUCAGCGGUGCACAUAUCAACCCAGCUGUCACCCUUGCCUACUUUGUGGGGAACCAGAUCUCCAUCGUCCGCUUUGUAUUUUAUAUGAUCCUACAGGUGCUGGGAGCCCUUGCUGGUACAGGAAUCAUCUAUGCGGUGACACCCGGAGAGAUCCGCUCAACACUCUUUGCCAAUCAUGUCCCUAAAGAGGUAACUGCAGGCGAAGCCUUUGUGGUUGAACUCAUUCUAACCUUUUCUGUGGUUAUGUGCAUCUUCUCUGUAACUGAUAAGCGCAAGAGAGAGAGCAGAAGUUAUGCAGCAUUGUCUAUCGGCCUGGCUGUCACUAUGGCUCACCUUAUCGGGAUUUAUUAUACUGGCUGCUCCACAAAUCCAGCAAGAUCCUUUGCCCCUGCUGUCAUACUGGGGACAUUCGGUCCUUUUCACUGGAUCUUCUGGAUAGCACCUUUCCUAGGAGCUGUCUUGGCUGCUAUAAUUUACAACUACGUCCUAUGUCCCCAGAGACUGAGCAGGGAGGAGAGACUGGCUAUUUUUAAAGGUUUCUUUCCCUGUGAAGAUAAUCUGCAGCAGCCACCAGGAAAUAGGGCUGACUCACGCUGGAACAAUCCCUCUGGUCAGGAGAAUCACCCCAUGAACUAUACUUCACACAUGUAA